AGUAGUUAAAAGAAAGACUUUCUUCUUUCACAUUCUUACCCAAAAUAAGAUAGAAAAAACAACAACAACUUCGUACAUAGGUGUCUGAUUGUCCCGUUUAAACGCAAAUAGCUUUUCUCUCUCAAAUUCUUAACCACUUAUUUUGUCACACUUUCUUUUUCCAACUUCCUAUACUUUCUCACUUCGUUUUCUGCUUUCAGCUUCUAAAUUAACCUCACAAUUAACACAAACAACAUUUACCUCGUAACUCAUGGAAGCUCAAGAGUUUUUCCAAACCACCUUUUUGCCUCAAUUCGGUUCCUCCUCUUCCGACAAUAAUUUGACGACAACCAAUGUAAGCACCGCCGCCGCUGCUAGUUCCGACCACUUCAUCGUUGAAGAUCUGUUUGAUUUCUCUAAUGAUGAUGAUGCUGCCAUUGGUGACCCUGCUUUUGAUUCUCCUCCUACCAUUUCUGAUAAUUCUCCACCUCUUGAAACUAACGUCAGUUCCAAUUUUUUUAUGGACAAUUCUUGCCAGAAUUCUGUCGACGGCCCUUUCUCCGGCGAACUCUCCGUCCCGUAUGAUGAUCUUGCGGAGCUUGAAUGGUUAUCCAAAUUUGAUGAAGAAUCAUUCUCAAGUGAGGACCUACAGAAGCUUGAAUUGAUAUCUGGCAUGAAAGCAUCAAACGACGCCGCAUCAAAAACACACGAUGAAUCCAACUCAAUACUACACCCUCCUCAAGUGUCUGUCCCCGCUAAAGCCCGCAGUAAACGACCUCGUGGACCACCAUGCAACUGGACUUCUCGUCUUCUAGUUCUCUCUUCACCCACCAUCGCCACAACAUCUUCUCGCUCUGACAUUAUAUCUCCACCAAAGAAACCCUCGCCGAGAAAGAGAGACCAUGGCGAUGGUGAGGGUCGCAAGUGUCUUCAUUGCGCCACUGAUAAAACACCUCAGUGGCGCACUGGACCAUUAGGUCCAAAAACAUUAUGCAAUGCAUGUGGAGUCAGGUACAAGUCAGGUCGACUCGUACCUGAAUACAGACCCGCAGCAAGCCCAACAUUCGUCUUGACGAAACACUCCAACUCGCACCGGAAGGUCCAAGAACUCCGGCGCCAGAAGGAGAUGGUGAAGGUCCACCAACACCAAAUGUUGCAACUACAAGUCCAACAUCAUCACAACAUUAUGUUCGACGGACCAUCCAACGGUGACGAUUACUUGAUCCAUCAACACGUGGGACCCGAUUUCACGCACCUCAUGUAGUACGGUGAUAUGGUUGGAAAGUUAAACUUCCAACGCUGCUUCCAAUAUUUUUGUAGCUACAAUUAAUUUUACUUAUUUCUUUCUUACUUAAUUUUGUCAGGAACUUAAUUUUCCGUUUCAGUAA